UCUCCUUUGUCAGGGAACUGUUCGCAUCUGACUCAGAGCUGCAGGUCCACUUCUCCUCCCUAGGCUUCCAGGAGAGUCCCAGCCCCUGGCCUUUACCUCACGUGCCCGGCAGGCUGUUUGCAGAGAGCCAGUAUAAAGGGACUGGCCGGCUGGCUGGCGACUGGGGAAGCAGGACAGAGGGUGCGAAAACAGACUCGGCCCGACUCUCUUGCCAGCUUCCUCGAAGCGCCAUGGGGAAGGAUCGGUUGGCUACGGGACCCGGGAUUUUACUCCUACUUUUGUGCCUGCUCCCUGGGGAGGUCUCGGCGUCGACUGCGGAACCGCAAUACUUGGUGAUGGUGCCUUUUCUGAUCCACACUGAAACCUCCGAGAAGAUCUGCAUCCAUUUGAGCCACCUGAAUGAGACUGUUACUCUGAGGGCCGAUUUCUACCACCUAGCCGUGAACAAGAGCCUGAUGGAUGAUAUGGUGAUAGACAAGGACUUCUUUGGGUGCAUCCCAUUUACGGUUCCCAAGUGGUUCCCAAGUUCAACACGCGUGACCCUCAGAAUAGAAGUGAAAGGGCCAACGCACCAGUUUAGAAGUGAACGCAAGGUGUUGAUCAGGGACCACGGUAGCCUGACCUUUGUCCAAACCGACAAGCCGAUCUACAAGCCAGGACAGAAAGUUCUGUUUCGAAUCGUCUCUCUAAAUGAACAGUUCCUUCCUUUGAAUGAGAUGUUUCCUUUGGUUUACAUCCAGGACCCCAAUAGGAAUCGUUUGAUCCAGUGGCGUGAUGUGCAGCUUCACCACGGCCUCGCCCGGCUCUCCUUCCCUCUCGCUUCUGAACCUCCCUUAGGCGACUACACGGUGAUAGCAACGCGAACUUCUGGAGGAGAUGUACAGCGUCAAUUCAGUGUAAAUGAAUAUGUGCUGCCCAAAUUUGAGGUCUCAGUGAAAGUUCCCAAGAUCAUGAGUGUUAUGGAGGAGGAACUCAAAGUGACAGUCUGUGGAAGGUACACCUAUGGGAAGGCAGUCCCUGGGACUGUGAAAGUUCAGGUCUGCAGGCAUUUCAUGGAUGGCGGAUCCCAGUGUCCUAGAAACAGGCACCUGGUAAAUGGUGUAUGUGAAGAAUUCAGUGGUGAGGCAGAUGCACACGGGUGCCUCUCUCGGGUAGUGCAAACAGCUAUAUUUCAGAUGAUGAGGAAAGGAUAUCAUAUGAACAUCCAGGUGACAGCAAACAUCACAGAAGAAGGCACAGGAGUGGAAUUAACAGGCACAGGUUCUACGGAGCUCACCACCGUCCUCAGCAAACUUACCCUUGAGAACAGGGAGGGUGAUUACAAGCAAGGGGUUCCCUAUAUGGGGAAGAUGAAGCUAGAAGACGGGACCCAUAUGCCGAUCGCCAAUGCAACAAUCCAGCUUCAGUACGGUGCAGCUGCCUACAAAGUCAACUACACCACGGAUGACCAGGGGAUAGCCCUCUUUUCCAUAAACACGGACAACUUGACAGAUCAAAAUCUGAACAUACAUGCAGUGUAUAAAGAGCCAGAGUUCUGUUACAGCAGCAGCUGGGUCAACCCCUCUCAUCAAAAGGCCUUUCUUGCAUUACCUCGUGUCUACUCACCCAAUGGUAACUACCUGCAUAUUCAGCCUGUUUAUCCGACCUUACGCUGCGAGAGUACUCAGACAUUCCAAAUACAUUACAUCUUGAACCCAGACAACGUACCAGAGAAGAUCCACCUUCAUUAUUUGAUGGUAUCUAAGUGGACCAUUGUGAACUCUGGGAUUCACACGGAACCUCUGGAACAUGGACAAGCCAAAGGGGUGGCGAAUCUGGAACUCUAUGUGGACUCCCAUGUUGCUCCCGAGUUGCGCUUAUUUGUAUAUGUCCCUCUGCCCAGUGGACAAAUGCUUGUUGAUACAAAUGAAUUCCCUGUGGAAAAGUGCUUUUCAAAUAAGGUGAAAAUGGCAUUUUCAGCCCCUGAAGGUCUCCCCGGUGGCAACACACAGCUCCACGUCACAGCCUCCAAAGACUCCCUUUGCGCCAUCCGUGCUGUCGAUAAGAGCGUCCUCCUUUUAAAGCCUGAAGCUGAGCUCUCACCUCAAACUGUUUACGCUUUGCUUCCUACCCUCAGCAACUACGACUACCAAUAUAACUAUUUGGACGAAUCAAACGUUGAGCAGUGUGUGCCUCCCAAAAAUAUUAUUGUGGACGGCAUUCAGUACUACCCUGUUGCUUAUAAGACUAUCAGUUUCUAUCGUCUCAUGAGGGGCCUUGGCCUUAAAGUUUUUACUAAUGCCCAGCUCCAGCACCCUGAGAUCUGCGCUCAACGAGGUUAUUCCGACAGCCCUAUGCCUGUAGCAGCAAGACGGUACUACUCAUCCCCGGAGAUGGCUGAAUCAAUUUCAAUGGGCCUUGCAGGACCUGGUGGACGACAAACUUAUACUUCUGAAACUGAAGCGGCAAAGCCUAUCCGGAGUUUUUUCCCCGAGACAUGGCUUUGGUUGGAAACAUCAGUCAACUCUGACGGGCAGGCGGACGUGCCAGUGACCAUCCCAGACACCAUCACUGAAUGGACCGCGGACGCCUUCUGUACCUCAGCGGAGGCAGGAUUUGGCCUUGCCCAGCCUAUCCCCUUGAAAGCCUUCCAGCCCUUCUUUGUGGAUCUCACGUUGCCUUACUCAAUGGUGCGGGGGGAGGCCUUCCACCUGAAGGCCACUGUCUUCACCUAUCUACCGCAUUGCAUCAGAGUAAGCGUAUCCUUGGCUCCCUCUUCUGACUUUGAAGCUUCACUACUGGGGAACGCGGAAGAAUCUUACUGCCUGUGUCCGAACGAAAGGCAAACUGUGGCCUGGACUUUCACACCAAAAUCUUUGGGUGAAGUCAACAUCGCAGUAACUGCUGAAUCUGUGAACUCCGAACAUCUGUGUGGCAAUGAAAUAGUGCAGGCGCUCAGUGAAGGACAAACAGAUACUGUGAUCAAGUCAAUUUUAGUCGAGCCCGAAGGAGUGGAGAAAGAGGUGGUCUUCAAUUCCUUGGUCUGCAAAGCUGGAGAGAAGGCCACCCCGGUUUCCCUGAAGGUACCAGAAAAUGUAGUGGAGGGCUCAGCCAGGGCCUCUUUCUGUGUGCUAGGUGACAUCCUGGGCUCAGCCGUACAGAACCUGCAUCAGCUUCUCCGACUUCCCUACGGCUGUGGGGAGCAGAACAUGGCCCUCUUUGCCCCCAACAUCUACAUCCUGGACUAUCUUAACAAGACAGAUCAACUGACUGAGGAGAUACAGUCCAAAGCCAUCAGCUAUCUGGUCUCUGGCUACCAGCGGCAACUGAAUUACAGACUCUAUGAUGGCUCUUAUAGCACCUUUGGCCAAGGCGACCCUCCAAACACAUGGCUCACGGCUUUCGUGCUCAAGUCCUUCGGGCAGGCCCGUCGCUACGUCUUUAUAGAAAACAAACACAUCAUAGAAGCUCAGCACUUCUUGUCCGCCACGCAGCAGGCGAACGGCUGCUUCAGGAGGUCUGGACACCUACUGAACAACGCCCUGAAGGGUGGCGUUGACAAUGAGGUUUCCCUGUCUGCUUACAUAACCAUCGCCCUGUUGGAGAGUUCCCUGGAGGUCACUCACCCCUUGUUGCGUAACGCUCUGUUCUGUCUGGAGACGGCGGCAGAGGGGAAAAAAGACGUCCACGUCUACACCCAGGCUCUGUUGGCUUACGCCUUUGCCUUGGCUGGGAAGGAGGAGAAGAGGAAAGAGAUGUUGACCUUCCUCGAGGAAGCAGCUGUAAAAGAAGAGGACAGCUCCAUUCACUGGCAGAGGCCUGACCAGCAACCGGAGAAGGUCAAUCACCUGUUCUACCAGCCCCAAGCUCCCUCGGCAGAGGUCGAGAUGACCUCUUACGUGCUCCUUGCUUAUCUCACGGAAAGACCGGCCCCAUCCCAGGAAGCUCUGAUGAAGGCAUCCAACAUUGUCAGGUGGCUCAGUAAGCAGCAGAACCCCACGGGGGGCUUUUCUUCCACCCAGGAUACCGUGGUUGCCCUGCAGGCCCUCUCCCAGUACGGGGCUUCCACUUACUCCAAGCACGGGACACAUUCAGAAGUGAAACUCCUCUCUGGGAGCGACGUCCAGCACCAGUUCCAAGUGGACAGCUCCAACCGCCUGCUGCUUCAGUGCGGACCUGUGACGGGAGUGCCUGGAGAGUACAGCACUGAAGUGACUGGGGACGGAUGCGUUCACGUGCAGACCACCCUGAAAUACAAUGUGCAUUCCCACCAUGAGGAAGAGCCAUUCACACUGGAGGUGCACACAGUUCCCGAGACCUGCAAGGAUCCCAAAGCUGAGAGGGUCUUUGAUGUGGCUUUAAAUGUCAGUUACACUGGCCAGCGCCUGGUCUCUAACAUGGCAAUUGUUGAUGUGAAGAUGCUGUCAGGAUUCAUUCCAGUGAAAUCGUCAGUGAAAAAUCUGGAAAGGCAUGGUCAGGUCAAGCGGACAGAAGUCAGCACCAAUCAUGUCCUGAUUUAUUUGGAACAGGUGAACAAUGCGACUCAGACCUACUCCUUCACGGUGGAGCAGGAGAUGGUGGUUCAGGAUCUGAAGCCUGCCGUGGUGAAAGUCUAUGAUUACUAUGAAACAGAUGAAUUUGCUGAGGCGGAGUACGACGCCCCCUGCAGUACAGGUGAUGUUAAACAGAAGAAGGAGUGAAGGAUGAAGGCGUCUGAGGAUCCCUUUUCUGGUUCCUGCUUGAAUUUUCCUCCUGUUGGUUGAUGGAGGGUAUCUAAGCAGCGAGCCAAAGAGAAGUCCUUUCCUGGAGGUCGGCUGGCUGUCCUCCCUGCAGACUUUGCCGUUUCAUAGACUGACCGUUGUAUGCCUCGGCGAAUCGUGGUGUUAUCUGGAAGAACCACCCAAAUUGCUGUGUAAAAGCACAAUAAAUAUCUGAAAAGGGUCUGUACAAACCACACGGACCAUGCCUCUUAAAACACUGUACCCCUUGAAGGCCCAAAUGUAUCCGCAAUCGCCCUCUCCUGGAUGAAAUAAAAGAUAUGUCCUAUUGUGCA